UGUACCGACCAAAUACCAAAAAAGAGGGAAAAUCACCACUUGCAAAAAAAACCGGCGGGAAAAUCAUCUGCGCACAGAACACACAUUUCACACACACCCGCUGUCUUCCAUGGACUCCGAUUCAGAUUCCGAUGGCUCUCACAUCUCCGCCACACCGCCAAAUUCCCCACCACCUUCCACCGCCGCCCGUCACUCUCCAGUUUCUCGCCGCCGCGACAUUCUUUUCUCCUCAAUUAAAUUAAGAAAAAAAACCCCAGCCCCAACCUCAACCACUUCAAGAACAAUUUUGCAGCCCAAAAUCUCCAAAAAGAAAAGCUCAAUCCCACCUCCAAAAUCCGAACCAAUCGAUUCCAAACCGCUAACCGCCGCCCCAAUCCUGUCCAAUUUGCCCUUCCUUAUAAAGAAAUCAGCCAACCCAUCUGACGAUAAUUCCUCCGACGGUCUUCUUCACGGAGGCCACUGCACAUCGAAAUUCGCAUCCUUUUUGAAAUCCAAAGAUAAGAUUCUCAACUUCGAACCCGAUCGCCCGGUUGAGAUUAAAAUUCAGACCGAUGCUGGGAGUGCUGGUUUGGGGGAAGUCGUCAAAGACGAGGUUGUUGUUGUUGAUAAGGGGUUUACCGUAAAAAGCGCGCGAAAAAGUCUCGGUUUGAUUGGAGGCGGUGGCGAUUCUGGUUUGCUGAAAUGUCAAAAGCCCAAAAGUGGCAGUGAAGGGAAUUUUGUGAAGCUGAAUAUCAAUGGUUAUGGGAGGAAGAAGUUUUCGUAUAAGAACAAAAGAACGGGGGUCAGUUCGUCUACAAGGCGGUGGAAAAAUUCUAGAGUGAGAAACAAGGGAAAUGUAAAGGGUAAAGGGGGAGAAGAAAAUGGUGCUGAUGAUGAAGAGGGUUUGGUUGUGGAUAUCGAAACGGGAGAGGAGAGAUUGAACUUUCACUCCGAGCCGAUCGAGGAGGCUGUGAUGAGAGUGAGAAACGAGGCGUCGGACGAGAAUCUGGUGAGUUUGUUGAAACUGACACAUGGGUACGAUUCGUUUAGGGAUGGUCAGUUAGAGGCGAUUAAGGCGGUGCUUUUGGGGAAAUCGACAAUGCUCGUCUUGCCCACAGGGGCAGGAAAGUCAUUGUGUUAUCAGUUGCCUGCACUCGUGUUUAGUGGAAUCACACUUGUGGUUAGUCCUUUAGUAGCUUUGAUGAUUGAUCAGCUCAAGCAUUUGCCUCCUUCGAUUCAUGGUGGUCUUUUGUGCAGCAGCCAGAAAGCAGAAGAGGCUUCGGAAACACUCCGGUUGCUGCAAGAAGGAGCUAUAAAGGUCCUUUUUGUUUCGCCGGAAAGGUUUCUGAACGCAGAAUUUAUUUCCAUCUUUUCUGGCCGUUCGCUAAUAUCUCUCGUGGUUGUCGAUGAAGCACACUGCGUUUCCGAGUGGUCACACAAUUUCCGACCCUCGUACAUGAGACUUAGAGCCUCCUUAUUACGUGGUAGGCUGAAUGCAGACUGCAUUCUAGCAAUGACUGCUACUGCAACAAACAAAACAUUAUUCGACGUAAUGCAGGCUUUAGAUAUUCCUUCCUCGAAUCUUAUCCAGUCAACCAAAUUAAGGGAUAAUCUGCAUCUUUCAGUUUCUAAAAGUGGGAACAGAAUGAAGGAUUUGAUUCAACUGCUUAAAUCUUCUCCUUUUAUGGAUAUCAAAAGCAUCAUUAUCUACUGUAAAUUCCAGUCCGACACUGACACGAUAAGCAAGUAUCUGCGUGACAACAAUAUAUCCGCGAAGAGUUACCACAGUGGCAUUCCUUCUAAAGAUAGAAGCCGUGUACAGGAACUGUUUUGUGCAAACAGGGUCAGAGUGGUUGUUGCAACUGUAGCAUUCGGCAUGGGACUCGAUAAAAGUGAUGUUGGAGCAGUUAUUCAUUAUAGCUUACCAGAGAGUUUGGAAGAGUAUGUUCAGGAAAUUGGUCGUGCUGGGCGUGACGGUACAUUGUCUUAUUGCCAUCUUCUCUUUGAUGAUGCCACAUAUUUCAAGCUCCGUAGUUUGAUGUACAGCGAUGGUGUGGAUGAUUAUGCUGUCAAUAAGUUACUCUGUCAAAUCUUCUCAAGUGACGGACUAUCAACCGAAGAAACUUUGUCAAUAGCCAAAGAAUCAGCAUCUCGUAAAUUCGACAUGAAAGAAGAGGUCAUUCUAACGAUUCUUACGCAAUUGGAGUUGGGUGAAGUGCAGUACAUACAUUUGCUUCCGCUAAUAAACGUAACUUGCACUUUAAAUUUUCACCAGACUUCGCCACCGAUUUUUGCAUCUAGAGAUUUUGUGGUUGCUGCAAUUUUAAAGAAGUCUGAGAUGAAAGAUGGGCAGUACAUUUUUAACAUUCCGUCUGUCGCAAAUAUCAUGAGAAUGCAAGCUGUUGACCUGCUAAAUCAUUUGCAGAGUCUAAAGGUCAAAGGGGAAAUUACGUACGAGUUGAAGGAUCAAGCUUAUUGCUACAAAAUUUUGAAGGUUCCGGAAGAUACUUGUUUAUUGGCAACUCAGUUGACAGAGUGGCUUGGGGAGGUUGAAACUUGUAAGGUCCGGAAAAUAGAUGCGGUGUUUAAUGCCGCAGCUUUUGCUGCAAAUGCGUGCGACAAGUCACUCGGUUGCCAUAAAGACCACCAUACACCUUGCCUGCAGAAGAAUAUUCUCUACUACUUCAACGAAGAUGCUGAUUCUCACGUGCCUACUCAGAUUGAACAAAACAGUCGAUUUCUACGAGCAGAUAUAAAGGUUUUUCUCCAAAGUAAUGCACAGGUCAAAUUUACUCCACGAGCCGUUGCAAGAAUACUACACGGACUUGCGAGUCCAGCCUUCCCUCCUUCUACUUGGUCAAGAACUCAUUUCUGGGGAAGGUAUGUGCAUAUGGAUUUCAGAGCAAUAAUGGAGGCAGCGAAAGAAGAACUCGUAAAUUUUGUCGGGAAGCAUGUAACUUAACUGAUUUUUCGGUUGUUUUUCCUUUUUUCGGAAUCUUAUUACAAGAAUAUUCUCCGUUUGCGUAAUAGGAUUAUUCGUGGAUGAAAUUGUAUUAUUUAUUUAAUGAGAUUUAAAAUUAAGGGG